AUGGGUGUUCAGGUUAUCUCGUCUUACGACCAGUUCAAGCAGGUUACCGGCGGUGACAAGAUCGUCGUGAUCGACUUCUGGGCCACCUGGUGCGGUCCUUGCAAGAUGAUCGGCCCUGUCUUCGAGAAGAUCUCCGAGACCCCCGCCGGCGAGAAGCUCGGCUUCUACAAGGUCGACGUCGACGAGCAGAGCCAGAUUGCGCAGGAGGUCGGCAUCCGUGCGAUGCCCACCUUUGUCUUCUUCAAGAACGGCGAAAAGGUCGAGACCGUUGUUGGCGCGGACCUCAACAAGCUCCAGGCCGCCAUCUCGAAGCACGCCGCCUAA